UUAUAAAAGAAAACCCUUUCUGAAGAUUAUUUCAAUUUAAUCAGGAUUUAAAGAAAAUAGAACUUUUAUCCUUAUAAUCCUUCAAUGAAAUAAGUUGAGUCUUAAUAUCUUAAUCAGAAGAUAGAGGGAAAACAAUAACAUUUAGAGUUUGAUGUCCUGUGGUCUUCCUUAAUAACAACCCAUUUUCAAGAGACUGUAAUCUGCCCAACAGAAAGUCUUCUCCCAAGGAUCUUAAUCAGAUUCUGAGAAAAUUCAAAGCCAAAAUAAACAAUAUUAGACUAAAACCAAAACAAUGUAGGUAUUAACAGCUAUACAAAAGGCAGCCUCCCCUGAUGAGUCAUUUCUAAAAUGAUGGAAGUCUAAGUCUCUGAAGUGUUUCUAUUCAAACUGGAAGAUAUAUAAAGGUAGGGAAUCAGUUCACAAGCAGGAUGACUGUAAAAUUUUUCAUUUCACACAUCCUGUUUUACUUUAUGCGAAAAUUAUACUGAGAACGGCAAAAAUGAGUCUCUCUUCCUAUGUAUUAAUACUAAUUUUUUCUUUGUUUUCUCAGGGUAUUUUACUUUCAGCCUCCAAGCCCAUACGCAAUUUAGAAGAUGACAUGGUAUUUAAUACAUUUAGGAUGGGAAAAGCCUUUCAAAAGGAAGAUACUGCAGAGAGAUCAGUUGCUUCUCCUUCUCUGGAACAAUACAAAAAUGAUGAGAGUAGUUUCAUGAACAAUGAGGAAAACAAAAAUUCAAAGAACGUGGGCUCCAAACAUAGUUUCGUAAACCAUGGUCUGCCGCUCAAUCUGGCUAUAAAGCCUUAUCUUGCACUAAAAGGAUCUGUAGCUUUUCCAGCUGAAAAUGGAGUGCAGAAUACUGACUCCACACAAGAAAAGAGAGAAAUUGGAGAUGAAGAAAACUCAGCUAAGUUUCCUAUAGGAAGGAGAGAUUUUGACAUGCUCAGGUGUAUGCUGGGAAGAGUCUACCGACCUUGUUGGCAAGUCUGAUACCUGUUGGUCCACACUGUCUCUUCAGGAGGGAAAAAUCCUUUGUCAAUGAGAAGAAAGCCCUUGGCGUUACUGUAACUUGUGUAUUGCUUUAAAUGGCUAUCUUGUAAGAAAGUAGUAUUAACAUAUAUCAGUAUUCGAAAUGAUAUGCUUUCUCUGUGCAUUAAAAUUUGUGAAAAUUCUGC